GGAAACAAAUAAUGAACAUUCAUGGAAGUACAACUGUCCUAAUUAAGCUACAAGUAGAGCAAGCCUUAUUGGAUACUCUCAAGAGAACAGUAAUCCCCUUGAAAAUCCGCUUGAAUAGUCUUGAAGCAAGAAUGAGAAUUAUCCAUUCCCACUGGUUCAAUAUUCAUCAAAGAGCUUUGACGAUUCAACUUCAAAGUGUGGAUCUGGUUGCUUUUGUGGAGAUGUUUAGUGGCCUCCAGCUUCAGAAGGUUGGAGAUCUUCAUGGAGAUAAUAAAGAUAGUGGGGCUCUUCAGGGAGAUGAAACACAUUUUCUGGAGAUGUUUGGUGGCCUCUGGCUUCCGAAACAUGCAGAUAUUCGUGGAGGUGAUCCAGAUAGUUUUUUCAACUCUUCUUCCUUUUUUUGGGUUAUUCAAUCCACCAAAUAUAAUGAUAUUUUAAUCACUAUAUGACAAGCAUUUGCAAGUGUCCAGAGCUUUCGCUUGAGCCCUUGUGAAUGGCCCACAUGCUUGUAUGCUACUUUGAUCUAUAUCAAGGCCAGGCAAAAACAUGUGGCUUUUCAAAUAAUACCUGUUUAUCUGGAUCAGAGUAAUAGGGAUCUCUUGGUUACAAUUCAACAAAAGCAAAGUCAGUUUUUCAUAUAUAUAUAUAUAUAUAUAUAUAUAUAUCUGUGUGUGCGUGCGUGCACGCAUUUAUGCAUGUAUUACUAACAUAGUCUAUAUGACUGAUCUGUUGAACCAACAUUUUUUUUUGUGUCGGUAAAUGCUGAUGAUGAGAUGGAUUUCUAAAUAAAAUGUCAGUAUUCGAACUGAGAAUUUUUAAGAGUUUGAGAAUGAGCAAAAUAGAUCUGAGCAACAUCACAUUACUUCUGAUUGUCACAACUCUGCUGUGUUAAUUCUUUUGUUCUGAACAAAAUCAACAGUCCUGGAUUUUUAUAUGGAUUGCUUUUCUGAUUGAGCUGUAAGACUGUAAGUUAAAAACAUGAAAGAUGAUUCCUUGAUUCUUUUCUUCCUCUUUAGGUGCAUGUUUGACUUUCUUUGUUGGACAUCACUUCUUUGCAGUGACUCUGAAAAGUUGUACAUUGAGU